GGCUUUUUCCGGAGCUACUCGCGGCUGGCCGGGAAAACGCUCCGGGCGCGGGCUACAGAUGUCGGAGCCGCAGGCGGAUGAGGGGCCGGGCUUCUGGAGCCCUGCAGCCCGCGGAGGGUCGGCUGGCGGCAUCCGGGAAGGCCCGGCAGUGGAGGGGAGCCAGGCGGCCGCCUCAGAGACUGAAGAUCUAGAAAACACCAAGAUCACCACGCCAGUGGCUUCUGCUUCUGAUCCAGAACCCCAUUCCUCACCCCACAGGCCACAGAUGGUAUCUGCAGGCAGCGAGGAUGCCACAGAAGAUCUGCGGAAAGCAGCUGGAGCCGUGAAGGCUUGGGCCUUGGACCAGGGGUCGCUACCUGCAGACCAGGCCCAGGUCCUAAACAAGAUGGCCAAGUACCAAGUUCCACAAAGGUCCGGGGACAUCGUUAUGAUCCAGUCUGAACACACAGGAACUAUAGAUGUUCUAUCAGCUGACUUGGAGUCUGCAGAUCUUCUAGGGGACCACAGAAAAGUCUCCCCACCUCUGAUGGCUCCUCCAUGCAUCUGGACCUUUGCCAAGAUGAAGGAAUUCAAAAGCAAGCUGAGCAAAGACAAGAACAGCCGUCUGGUGGUGAAGCGGGGUGAAGUAGUGACCAUCCGGGUACCUACCCAUCCAGAGGGAAAGCGUGUCUGCUGGGAGUUUGCGACUGAUGACUAUGAUAUUGGCUUUGGAGUUUAUUUUGACUGGACCCCUGUAACCAGCACUGACAUAACUGUGCAGGUCAGUGAUUCCAGUGAGGACGAGGAUGAAGAGGAGGAGGAAGAAGAGGAGAUUGAAGACCCAGUCCCAGUUGGAGAUGUGGAGAGAGGCUCCAGGAGCUCCCUGCGGAGUCGCUACGGGGAAGUCAUGCCUGUGUACCGACGGGACAGUCACCGAGAUGUGCAGGCUGGCAGCCACGACUACCCCGGCGAGGGCAUCUACCUGCUCAAGUUUGACAACUCUUACUCCCUGCUGCGCAGCAAGACUCUCUACUUCCACAUCUACUACACUAGCUGAAGGACUGCUUGCUCAGGGGCAGGCAGGUGUUUCCUGCCUGGAACGGGCUGCCAGCUGUUGCCUCUUGUUUUGAACAGGCAAGAGCUAAAAGUAGAGCGUGAGGCUCCUGAACCUCAUGCCCUGCCUGGCGUGGCUGAUUGUUGACCCCACGUAGCUUUUCCCUUUCUUGGCUUCUGCAGGUGGUGGUGUCAUGCCUCUGUUCUGUGGUCCCUGAAACUUGCUCUUCUUGCUUCAGACUCUAGCAAAAUCCCUCUGUGAAGGCACCCAUCAGGCAAAAGCCUAAAAGGAAGUAGGGUGUUAUCUUUUUAAAAUGGGUUUAUCUUGGUACAAGGUGUAUUAUUCAGAUUGCUGCUCUCCCCCCUUGCAGAGCCUUUAUUACAGACGCAUUUAGUGGCACCCACUCUCUUCGCUGUCUGAGGUGCCAGAAGAGGGAAAAGCACAGUGUCCACGAAGGAACCCAGACUCUUGGACAGAGAAAGCUCUGACCAGCCUCUCACCACUGCCAUAUUCCUGUCUGCUGGUUGCUCUUGGUACUGUACAGGCUGGGGAGCCCUCACUGCCUCUGGGGGGAAAUGGCUGAUUCCUGAUGGUUAGCCUCCUCCUCUCUUCCCCUUCCUAAGUCUGUGUUUUUGCCAUUACAGCAAGAACUUUCAUGCAAUCGAAAGUGAUAAUCAAUGUAAUCUAAAAUCUUCUGGGAAGAAGAACAGCCUCUAUCACUUCCUAUUUCAAGUGGCAAUUUCUUCUCUCAAGGGCACUGGUGGUAGAAGGGGAAAGGUGGGCAGUAGGUACUGAGUUGAUCUCGGAACCCACAUCUUUGACAGCUGAGUGUUACGAAAUUAUUUUUUGUAUAAUCAAAGACGGGAGGGGUAUAAUCUGAGAGAGAAGGUAAACAUGUGAAAACCAACCCAAAACCAAACCAAACCCUCCAGAUUCCCCACCGCUUUUGUGUCUUUAAAGAAGGAGUGUUAGUUAGAAAUUUCGCUCUGGAACCAAAAGCAGUGAAUCCCAGUCAGGGUUUCAGAGUUUCUGGGUUUUGGUUUCUUGCACUGAGAACUUAAAGCUUUUGGUUUUCAAAGUCUCUUAGGAAAGGUGAUCACGAAGCUUCACUGUUGCUGUGGAUUGUAUUUGUUCUUUACCCUGCCAAAGCCUGCAUUUCCCUGAGGUCUAGCAGCGUGGCAGGGUGCAGAUGGUGCUGCAGCCAGUGGUUGCCAGAGCACCAGGGUGCCAGGGCCUCAGGCAGAGAAGACCGAGGAGGGACGUCAGCUGCCUUUGGCUGUCCUUGUCACCUCCCUGUUUCUUAUUCCUUGUGUCAGGUCUAUUGCUGCCUUACAGUUGUGAGGAAUAAUUAGGUUUAUUUAUUACUUUAUUAUUUUUUUAGUACAUUUCAUUCUGCUUUUGAAUCGGUUUCCAUCUGUUUCUCAGAAGACUUCCCAUCUGUUCUGAGCCACUUAGACCACCUCUUCUAUGGGGUUAAAGAUGAUGAUUUUAGGAGAAGUUGGGAUGUAAUGAAGUUGCAUUCCUGCAGGUCAGUCCUAUGAUGCUUUGGGAGGAGUCUGCCCCUUCAGAGGUGCAUGACGCCUACCUGCCUAGUGUUUUGGCUACAGCCUAGCAUUCCCUGUGAGGAAUUCCAGCUUGUGAGGGAACCUGCCCAUUCACAGGGGAUAGAGUGCAGAGGUGUGGAGUAGCCAAUCAGAGGUCUGUGAUGCUGAGAUUUGAAGUCCUUUGCCUAUUCUGAGGAGUCACAUUCUUCACCAUCUUUCCUUCGGCUCAUUCCUUCCUUGCAUGGGUGCCUCAGGCCAAACCUCUCCUCCCUACUGGAGCAGUAACUAAAAGAGCAAGACUCCUCACAGUAAGUCUAGUAGCACCUUCAUCAUGAACAAAGGGCAAUACAUUCUGCACCUUCUGUUCCCCUGGAAGCCAAGCCCCAAGUAAGAUAGGAUUGCCAUAACAUCCCCGUUGUCUGAGCGGUAUCAUACCUCCAUUAUUUUAUAUUUGUGAGUGAUUUUUUUAGAGGAUUACACUGGCCAAGAUUUAUAUACCUUGUAAGAAAUUAUUUGUGACAUUCUAUUUGGACAGUAAAAAGCAAACUUGCAGUUAUCCCAUCUGAUAGCUGAGUGACCACUCUUUAAUCACUAAAGUUGAAUCAUGCCUUAGCUAAUUGAAUAUAAUCUUUAUAAUGGAAUUUUCUACUGAGCUGUUUUCCAGUCAGCUAAAGCCUUGCUUAUUUUUCCUGUUUGUUAUUAACUUCCGUCUUUCCAAGAGGAGCUGUCAGGCAUAGCAGGCUCCCUAGGAUAACACUUAACUAUUUUUGCCAUGAGAGUCUCUGUACUUAUUUUCUUUGGAAUCCUAGUUCUUUUGCAUCAGGGAUCCCCUAGGGACUUGUCCCCUCUGCCUCUGUGUGCCUGUUGUUGUCUGGUCACUUUUUGAAGUCCUAGGCCAUGUUACUUUUCAUUUUAUACUGGUGUGUCACUAAUAGUCAGGGCUGCUUUGUCUCGUUAGCAUAAAAUACCUAAAAGAAGAUCAUUCCACUGUCUAAUUUAUUCACUAGUCUCAUAUUAAACUUCUGAAAAAUUAAACUUUAGGGCCAAAAGAUUAUUCACUGAAGCACAGCUAUUACUGAGAAUUUCAUAGCCCAAGCAAAUCCUAAAGGGUGAUAAUCUCCUUCGUCUCUCGCUGUCCAUUUAUAGAACCAAACAAAGAAAGACAAAUCAUUUGUGUUCACUUUCGCCCUGCUCUCCAGAGCACAAAUAAAUGUUAGCAAACAAUCAAGAGAAAGUGCUGCAGGGUAGGAGAGGGACUGGAAUUCUGUACACAGACAGGCUCAGUUCUUCAACUUCUUCAGUUUGUUUAGUUUUGCUACUUUAUGGAGAGAUACAUUCAGGGCUUUUAGGAAGGAAGAAAUGUUUAAAGUGUUAUUAUUUUCCAAUAUUUUAUUAUAAAAAAUUUCAAACAGAAAAGUUGAAAGACUUGUGCAACGAAUACCCAUGUACCCACCACAUAGAUUCUAAAAUUAGAAACUGCUAAGAUUUCAACAAAGUCAAUCCUAACAUUCCGUUCCCUUUGACAAGUGUCCAGUUAGAGUAUGUUCUCUGCACAGACAGCAUCAGCGCUAUGUGAGAAAGCCCUUCAUUUCAGCAGACUUGCUUCCUUCAACAUGGGUUACCUGGGAGGCAGUCCCUCCGCAAAUGUUCUUUAGUGCCCAUCUUUCAACACUCACGCCGCACCUCCCUGUUCUCUCAGGCCAUGAUUUCCUCUCUAACUGGCAUAUUGGUGUGAGGGUAAGAGCGAAACUGCUCUGGAAGGAAUUUAUUCUAAUCUUUUUCUUUAUGACACAUCCUCAGGACUCUGAAAUCAAAACUCAAUCCUCAGAUAACAUGUAGCUUUGUAACGGAAUUAGGUAGCAACUUGAAGUCAUACCACUCUUAUAUUUUUCUGAAUUGAUUGAUGCACUUUAAAAAUAUGUUUAUCUGUUGUUCAGGAGAGAAUCUCAGACUUCAAAAUGUGUAUAUAUGUAUGGAAUAUUUAAAGCUGAAAACUCAGUCUUAUAUCAAUCGGUGAGCUUAGAUAUUAUUUUAAAACUUAUAAGUUACAGGAAAUAUAUAAGUAUAUAUGUUUUUGAUGAGCCCUACCCAGUCCCUCUUUGGGAGAAAUCAGGUAAAGCCCAAACCCUAAGUCUGUGUUUUUAUAUGUACUUUUUAAGACUACUUUUCUGCAAAAGGUUACCAUUUAGCCCUAAAGUCUGUGGCUCUGAGGUAUGGAGCUGAGUGACCUGAAUAUUUACAUAAAAGACUAUUCUUUCAGUGGAGGAUGAAGGAGGGGCAUGAAUUAAACAGUUUUGUGCAUCUUGAGAAUUGCCUUUUUAAAUUGAUAGCAAGGAGUGAAAACAAUAAAAUAGAGGGAAGAAAACAAAGCUAUCAAAUAUAUCCUGGAAUUUUUUCCCAUAUUCCCAAUUUUGCUUAAUUCUUCAGUUUACAUUUCAUUAGUUGGAAUUGUUCUUUAAGCUAGACGCCUCACUGGUCCUUAUUGUACUUGUUGGAGAAACUCCAAACCCACUUGGCCAUCUUCUCCAACAGCAUCGACUCUAGGAUUAUUUUGGAGUAGGCCUUCUCCGCUAAGUGUCAUCCUGACCUGAGGACUGAUUUCAUCUCCAUAUUCUCUGGGAUUGAAGGGUCUAGUGCUGUGAAAAAAAGACGGAAUUAGAAAGGGGCCGAGAGGAGUUAGUUGCAGUUGCAGUACUAUAGACCCGGUUGGUUUAGACGACAGCCAAGACGGGGAUGAAAAAGCCUGUUUUGACUUACAUCACAGAAGAGCCUCGAGCUACAGGGGUGUGUUUCUGUGACACCCUGGGCCCUGUAGGCUGACCAUCCUGUGGGGUGUAGGAGUCACCGGCUUAUUUCAACUAUGUGGGAUGGUCGUAAACACAGCAGUAAAUGGAACAGGCCAAGGAGACACAGUUGUUCCUUUAAAGCUUCCACUCUAACACUUGGACAGUUUCUCCUAGGUCUAAAAGGUCCACAUCAGCCUCUUUAACUAGUUUUUUUCUACCUGACCAAAUGUUUAGAACUUCUAAGAAACCUAAAUCUGCUGGAAAAGGGAAGAGCACCAUCCCUAUAGAAUCUCAGUGGAUGAAAAGAAUUAGAAAGUGAGUUUCUAUCUGAAGGAAGGUAAUUUCCAUUUUUUCAUUGUAAGAGAUAGCGUGUAAGGGAUUUAUGCUCUUCAGAGCAAGUCAUUGUAUUCCUUGUGUAUUUGAUUGUGCUCAGGGAUCCAUGAUGUGUGAUUCUUUGGGGAGUGAGUGAGGAAUAGGUGUCCAGACCUAAUCAUCACAAGCCAGGUAUCUGCUUUCCAGCAACCUGGUAUGUGGCAAAUGUCCAUAAUGCAAAAGUCCAGAUCUUCAUGCACGUGGGAUCCUAUCCCUAGGUUCUCACUUUUGCACAGCUGAGAGACAGAGGGGGACUAAGACCUCUCCGUGUCUGUAGAUUACCACUCGCCGUCUGAUGUCUUGAUUAUUUACGGUAUUGUUUAGCACUGGCAGCAUAGUAUCCAAGGCCUUUGUGCACAUGAGUAACCACAAUUAAAUAAUACUGUUAGUUGACUAGAAAAGGCAGUCAAACUUGUUGGAAGUAGGGCUGGAGAGGGGUUAUAAUUUAUAGUCCCAUAUUGGGAUAGCUGGGUAACUUGUGUUUGGCUGUGCACUUGGAACUGCUUUUUAACCUUACCGAGUGAGUGAAGAGGAUGCAACAGUGGUAUACUGAUGAGGAUGACAAAUUAAGUCAUAAAGAGAGCAAACUCUGUCUGUGGGGACCAUACUCUGUCCUUGGCUGUGAGUGUAUCUUCAGCCUGAGUUUGCAGGUCCUCAGUGUUCCCAGAGCCUAGCUGCAGGCCCCAUGAAAGGGGCCAGUCGUUUUGGACACUGACUCUGGCAUUUAGCAAAAGAGAGCCCCCUGGGAGUUGGUUCCUGGUGUUCUCUGGGAGUGAGGGGUGGGGCACUCAGGCAGAACCACUCUGUUCGUAGUGGUGAUGGUCAGUGUCACCCCUUGGCUCUGUCUAACCCAUCCAGCACCUGUGGGCAUUCCUUUGGUAUCUACCCAGUUUUUUAGGCAAUGAGGUUAGGGCAGGAUUUGGGACUCAAAGGGUGGGAGAAACUUUGAUAAGCACUGCUGGCAAGAUUUCAGAAAUCUCUGCCGAGGUGUUGCAUUGUCCCUGCCUGGAGCAAGAAGGCCACACAAAGCCCUUCCUGUUUGAGUCCCUUAUCACUAAGCUAAGAAAACACAAUUACCUACCCAGAGCCUGUGAUAGUGGGGUUCAUUUACAAAUAGGCACUCCCACAAAAGCCAAUCCCAAACGCAAGACACUGGCUUUGAAAUUAUUUGUAGUUCUGGUCACUGGUUUGAAUUUACGAUCUGAUUUCUAUUAUUUGUGCCUUGAUUUCUUUUAUGCCCCAGGCAUGUGGACUAGCGUUAAUUUCAUGGCACCUCUUCACUGUAUUCAGAACUAUUUACUUACUACCUAACACUCCAAGAUACAAUAAAAAGGUGCCCCAGAAGUCUAGAGACACAGGCAUCUUUAUUAAAUUCCAGUUACCUGUCACUCUACGCAGGUAGUUGGGCUUAUCUAGGGAUAGGACAGCACAUGUGAAAUGACUUCCAGAGAACAAAUGUAUUUUCUGAAAGUUCCGAUAUAAGGUCAUGAACAGUUCUCAAGUUUUGAUGUAGAAUAUUUUAGUGUAUAUCACAGCAGAGCUCUGAAUUCACAGUCGGCUUAAGGGCCAUCUGUCUGAGCUCUCCUCGUCACUCAGGCUUGAAAUACCCAGUUUGUAAUGUUCCUUGUUAAUGGUUGAUGAUUAUUGUUGUCGAUCUUUAGGUUUAGACCAAGAGUCAUCUGGAAAACAUUAUCUCAUUUCCUUCUCUCCUGUCCUGAGCAGUCCAUUUCACUAAGAAAUUCCAUAUUAAAAACUCCACUAACAUCUCUUUCUGCAAUUAUUGUCCCCAUAAAUGGACUAAUUUUUAUUUAAUCAAGUUGAACUAUUUCCAUUUAGCCGUGUUAAAGAGCAAGUAAAGUCUGGAGUUGCCAUUUUCUCUGAAUAAUGGGAAGUGUUUUGAAAUUCCCAAAAGAAAGCUUCUUUGGAAUCCAAGUGAAAGCCAGACUUGGGGUAAGGAUAAUUGGGAUAGAGGGAGAUGCUUGGGGAGUUCCUUGAUUACUUUGUGCCAUUUAGCUUAUAUUUCUCAAGGGCUUGCUUUGGUGCCAUGCACUCCGACAUAUCAGUUCACUGAAAUAUGGUCAAGUUUUCUUGGUAAAUAUUUAAGCAACUGGCAACCAUGAAGACAUUCUUUCCUUGUUGUUAACAUCAUGCACCGACGCUGAUGUUACAAAGGGUCUGGGAGGGAAACGAUGUCAGUCUUAUUUUUUCUUUAAAAAUUGAAAGUAUUCCAACUAAUAAUUUAUUAAAGUCAACUUGCUUUACAUGUCCCCCAUCCUGUGCUGUCAACACUUCCUAUGGUUUCUAAGUUAAGAGCUCUAUACCAAAUUCCUAUGUCCUGCUGAGUGGUUUUUCUUUUAAAAUACCGUAUUUUACCACCGUGUGGCACUGAAUGUGUGGCUGUAAUACACUGAUGAUCCUGAGCUAUGGUUCUUUAAAUAGCUCAGGCCCUGUGUUUUUUAUAUUAUGUAACAGUUUUGUGAUCUUUUGUGCAUUCUUUGUCUUCUCUUCCAGUUUUUGAAAUCUGUCAUAAAUAAACUCUUUUCACUAUGCACCUGAAA